AUGGAAAAUAAAGAUAACGGAGCUUUCCAUGAUGAAAGAUUAACUGGCCAACGAGAGAAUGGAAAACCAGUUUAUUCCAAUGGCUAUGGGGCACUGAAAGUCCAAGAUCUGUUAAAAACUUCUCGAAGGAAUAACAAGUUGAUGCCCGAUGCGCCUGCUAGUGAGAAGCAAGAAGAAAUUGAACCGAACCACCAUCCUAGGGUACAACAGCAAGGGCAGGGGUAUGCCCGAGAUAAUCAAGCUCUUUACUCAGAUCAAAAUAUUGAUGUAACAAAUACUCGAAGGAAUUAUCGCACUGAAUCUCCGGGUGCAAUUUCUAGAGGCCCACCAAGAGAACGCAACAAUGACUACAGAGGGUAUAGGAGAGAUGGAGAGAGAGGAGCUAAAGAUUUUUCACAGAAUUAUAAUGAUACCGGAUUCUCCAGAAAUUUCUCCAGAGAUAGGGGGUAUAAUGACUACUCUCGUGGACGAGGCAAUCAGCGCCACGAGAGAAGGUCCUACAGAGAUUAUGCACCAGAAGAAGUGCAGGAUAGUUAUCAUAGUUAUAGACCACACAAUGGAAUGGUGAGUGCAAGGGAAAGAGAAAGAUCUUCUGAUUAUCAGCCACAGCAGUUUGAAAGAAAUGGACCCUCAAAACAAAGAUUAAGAAAUACAUCAGAGUACCCUAAUGACAGAUAUACAAGCUCCCAGGAACACGCCCCAAGGAGUCACUCCAGACAAAAUCAAUCUAGAAAAGUAGAUCUUACGAAUGUGCUACCCUUGAAUGAGGUCAAAAGGGAUAUUAGUUUUUGGGACGUCAAACCCAGGGGAUAUGAAAAAGUUCAAGCUUCCAGAGCCAAACUAUCGGGUCUAUUUUCUUUACCUAGCGCUCAGAGCGAUGGAUCAAAACCGCUUCCUCCAGCCCCUACCGAAAAACCCGAAAUGGCUGAUGUUCUCUUUGAUACUGCCAGUUUGAGCCCAACACUCUCUACGCUUAGCAAAAAACUUGUGGUCACAAAUUUUGACGGUGUUGAGCCUGAACAGAUCGUUAACUAUUUGAAUGAGUACACUUCUCAGCUGAGCAGCUGCAACGCCAGCAAACCAGUCGUUGCCUUUAACGUCGUAGACGACAAGUCCAAAAUAAUACUUGAGCUAGAUAGUUCCCAAACCACCACACUAAUCUAUUGUAUGAACGGCAUGAACAUUGAAGAACUGAAUUUAAAGUUGGAUUUAUUGCGUCCAGAGGCAUAUAUUGUUGGAAAUACGGAAGAAAAAACUAGCUCUACCGACGAAGUAUCUGACGUUGUUAUUGAUAGCAAAAACAAACUAGCACUGGCCAGUAUUCCGAUCGGGACUGAGAGAUCAUCAUUGGUAAAUUAUCUGUCAAAAUUUGGAACAGUCACAGGCUUGGAAUUACCAAAAUUGAAGGAAUCUGGUGAAUCGCAAUCCUUUGCAUUCUGCGAGUUCAAAAACUCGGAUCGAUCAACAGUGGUUGAGGCUAUCGAAAGCUCAAAAAAUGAACAAUUUGACUUGCGUUGCUUCCCUGCCUGCGAUGGGCUACAGCAGGAGUACGAAGUGAAAUUUCAAAAUCUUGAGAAGGCCAGCAAAGGAGAAAAUUUCCUUCGAACUAAGGAAACUAAAAUUGUCCAGCUUCUAAACAUUUUCGAACCAGUUAUUUCUGAGUUUGAGGAAUUUGGACGGAGCAUAGGAAAUUUUGACCGAGUGUUCAUACCUAAUACAGAGAAACAAGCUGAUGAUUGGAAAUGUGAGAAGCUCUAUAUGGUAUUUCACCAUGUUGAUGAUGCUCGUAAGGCCAUCGAUCAGUUGGCUGGAAAAUUAUAUAAUGACAGAACUGUGUUGGCAACAUUCACAAAUGAAAAGGAUUUUGCAAAUGGGAUAUAUUAA